UACCUGCCUGGAUAAAUUGUGGGCGGGGAUAUUUACAGUGCAGCUGUAAAACAUGAACAAGAUGCUGGCGGUGGUUCUUUAUAGCCUAUAAUGCCUAAUUGAUAGCUGCACUAAUCUUUUAGGAGGUACCAGCUGAACUUUGGUGUCAGGUACAGUAUAUGCAAUGCAACAUCUUUCCUCUGGGAUGCUGCUACUGGGCUCGUUGUGGUGUGUUGUGUUCCUAUGGCCCUGUGACUCUGAGGCUACUACUAGAGACUACUAUGAGGUGCUGGGUGUUCCACAGUCUGCCACUGACUGGCAGGUCAAGAAGACCUUCCAUACACUGGCCAUGACAUACCACCCAGACAGGAACAAAAGUCCCAAUGCAGAGAAGAUUUUCAGGGAGAUCGCUGAAGCAUACGAGGUGCUCUCAAACGAGGAGAAACGGAUGCGGUAUGACCAGAUGGGUCAUGAGGCUUUCCAGACUGAGGGGGAGGAUGGGGGUAAAGAGGACUGGGCCGGGGAUGGAGGGGGCCAAGGCUCCUUCUACUUUAACCUGGAGGAGCUGUUCCAGGGCCUGACUAUGGAUGAGGACCCCUUUCUGGAGGAUGUGGGGGACUCCUGGAGCUUCCAGUUGGGGGGAGAGGAUGAGGAUGACCUCCAUGAGUAUCAGGCCUUCCUGGGUAGCAGCUUCUUUGACCUCUCGGGGGAUCCCUCUAGCCAGAUGGGGCUGUGGGACCAUGCGGAGGGGUUUGGGGAGCAAGAGGGACAGCAGUUCUGCUGGAAGAAAACACAUACAGACAGCAGUGUUGAGGAAGUGUGUGAGGGGGCAUGAUCUAUUUUCAUGGGCUCAUAUAAUGUUUUCAGUCAGAUGGGUUGAAUGUGCAAUAAAGUCACAGUGCCCUUACAUUGA